GCAGGACUCGGACGCGCACUGGAAGGAAUGCUUGGCCCGACGCGGCGUCUGUCAGGAACUUCGGACAGGACAACCGUCUUUUAACAAGUGCACUUUCAUUCCUGGCAUGAUAGCUCCCCCCCGGAGCCGAUAAAGGCGUUAGAAAUGUCUCACCAGCAGCGGGUCGUCCAGCUCUCCGCCGCGUCGCUCGCUGUCGUCCUCGGCCCGGACGAAGAGAGUUUGCGCGCCGGCGGAGGGAAGCUCAACGCCAACACCGCGAGCGGCCAGGAGAUUUUUGCGGACUUCAAGGCGCAAAACUUGCGCAGUUUCUGGAAUAAGCGGCUCGUGAGGGCCAUAGCUGAAGUGUACUUUCAGGGAUGGAUGGAAAAUUUCGUGCUUUUCAUUCAAGGGAACGCAAACAACUUGGAGGUGCUGAGAGAAGCGUGGAUGCGCAGGGCACUGAGGUCACCGAAGGGAUUUAUCAUUAAAGCUGUCGGUGACCUGUCCCCGGUGCAGAUGUCCCCGGUCCCCCAGUCCCAGUUCAUUCCCUUGGCUGAGGUGCUGUGCUCAGUCAUCUCAGAUAUGAACUCCUCUGACAUCAUCGUCAACCAGGAAGCACUUGUCAAUUACAUGAGCAAAGCCCAUCCAGGGAUAACCAUCCCCACUCAGGACAUCCUCUACAAUGCUCUCGGCACUCUGAUCAAGGAGCGCAAAAUUUACCAUACAGGCGAGGGCUACUUCAUCGUCACGCCUCAGACCUAUUUCAUCACCAACAACAUGGUCCGAGAAAAGAGCUGGUGGACUUCUGGUUCAGCAGACGACCCUCCCUCACCUCCUCCCAUUACUUACCUACUGAGCAACGAUGCCUGUGUCGAGAGCACUCAAACGCUGCUGCUGUCGCACUGCAAGUCUUGCAGCUGCUUCAGCCCUCUCCAAACAUCCACUAACGUCGCCUCCACUGCCGUGACAGCCGCCAACCCUCCCUCCACUGUUCCAGACCAGCAUUCUGUGUCUGUUUCCGUAAGUGAGUGCACCGGCAAGAGCUUAAAGUGGCCCCGGCCGUUAGAUCACAAACCCACAGUGCAGCAUCAGUCCACCUCCACAGCGGCCGACUGUCAGGCAAGUGAGAUCAGCAAAACUACAGCCACUACCAACGCCACUGGCCGCAAAGAAAAGGACAACAAACCGGGGAGGAAGUUUGGUCUCAGUUUGUUCCGGAGGAAUGGAGGUAAAAAGGAGAAGCCAAAGAAGGAGUAUGCAUCAUUCUCAGGCCAGUUCCCUCCGGAGGAGUGGCCGGUGAGAGACGAGGACGACCUGAACAACUUACCCCGUGACCUGGAGCAUGCCAUCAUCAAACGCAUCAACCCUGAGCUGACCGUGGACAACUUGACACGCCACACGGUAUUAAUGAAGAAGCUGGAGGAGAGGAGGGAGAGGGGGGUGGACAGAGUGUUGGACAGGGGUCUGGAUAAAGACGAUAAGGGAGUAGACAAGGGAAUGUCUACUGAGAUCCUAGCGUUCUCAAAACCCAGGCAUCAUCACUCCUCGAAGGCAGGAGCGGGGAAAAGGUCAGCUCAGAAGGCCUCUCGCAGUAAGAGGAGGGUCCAUUCCUCCAGAGAGAAGCAGAGGGAAAGGGAGAAGGAGAGGGUUAAGAGUAAGGCUCCCAUAUGUGGAGAUGAUUAUCCAGAGGGGGAGGAUUUGAUCCCGGCCCAGCUCAGAGUGGAAAUCCCUGUUGAUGAAGCAGAUCAAGUGGAAGAAGGUGGAGCUGUUGAGGGAAAAUCUCUUUAUAAGAAACGCAUUGAAAACCCUUUCCAGUCUCAUCCAAUUAAAGACGCCGAGGCCGGCAUUCCCCCGGCUGUCAACAGAGAGCAAAGGAGACGAGAGGUGAGAGAGGGAAAGGCUUCAGGGAUGGGGAGGAAGGAGCGAACAAGUCACCGCUCCAAAUCGUGGGACCCGCAUCGGGUCAAAGUGUUUGCAGCAGAUGGAGAGCAUGCUGGGAAAUCCCCUACAUCUGAGGACAGGUACAACUGCAUCCACGAGAGGGACCUCACUGCUGAUCAUCUGCUCCAAGUGGAUGUAAAGCUCAACAGAGAGCUGCCACUGGACUACAGCUCGGCCUACCCGCAGAGCAGCACGCUCCGCAUAGACGACAAGAUCCGACAUCAGAGGGAGGGAAUCGGCAAGGAGAGCUAUGAGGGAGGAGGCAAUAACGGGUGUUUUCAGGAGGCAGAGUACAGCAAUGUGCCAGACCACAGCCAAACUAUAGAGGAUGGCCUCUCUAACAUCCAGCAAUACUCCAAUUCUAAUCCCAUUCUCCCUACCCAUCCCUACGAGCCUGUCAUAAACCACUCCUAUGACCCAACUCUGCCGUGGCCAAAGCCCUCUUUACAGCGGAAACACUCCCUCAGACUCUCCAACCCACAGCGGGAUGACAUUCAGAGGCCUGACGAGCUUUCCUCACACCAGCCGGCCUGUGAAAUUACAGCCACCCAGGAACAACAGGAGACAAGACCCGUUACUGUCAGUAAUAGAGAGCAAAGGACUAUGAGCCAGGGAGAAAUGCCGGAACUGAUAGCUGACAGCACUCCGUCAAUAACACACACUGAUGGCUUUAUAGAAGAUGACUAUAGGCUCUAUCAGAGAGCCGCUGAGCAGGAGGAUGAGGAUGCCUGCAGCUCCUUGUGUCUGAACGAGGAGGAGAUUAUUGAUGCUGCAAAUGUGUACCGAACAGGCGUAGCGGACUACCACGGCCAACAGUUGGUUUACAAUAACCGUGAAUCUGACCUGCCAUAUCAGGGACCCCGCAGUCACUAUUACAAUUCCAACUUUCACCAAGUCGCCUCGAUACAAAGUUCAAGGGACAGCACUUUCAAAGAUCUCAUUCCCCCAGGAACCCAGAGGGAAGCUUCCCACAGCCACACCAGACCUGGGGAGACCAGUUGGAGACUCAUUCAUCACCAUCAGAGGACUAGAUCACCAGGGGCCCAAAGUGAAUCCAGCCCCAGGCAAGACGCAAUGAUCCAGGGGGAAAGACGGCAUGAGGUCAACCUUGAUUUGGAUUGUCCCGAACCAUUCGAAGCUGCAGACAGCAGCAUCUUUGACUACUGCCACGCCAGUGAGAUAGAAUCAGACACGGAGACUGUCCGCAAGUCAGCCGACGAGGGUGAUGGCGAAUCUGCUCAUUGGGCAGCUGAGGUCGAAGAAGUGCAGGAGCAUGAGUCGGGCAUUCCUCAGCCCCACAGAGCUGUUCUGGGCAUGCCCAGUGGAGCCAGAGGGGCAGAGACUGGGGAAGCAGUGGAAAUGGGAGAGAACCAGAGCAUCACAGGAGACAGUGGUAUAGAUUCCCCUCGGACCCGUGUCAGCCUGGCCUCCAGCAACACCGUCAUUCUGGAGGGUCUCAAGAGGAGAGGCUUUUUACAAAACUUGGAGAAACUGCAUUCAAAGAGCAACGCCAUUCGACCACAGAGCUCGCUGCUGCAGCUGACUCCUGUCAUGAACGUAUAGCAGGGCUGAGGUCCGUGGAGCUGACAGAUCUCUUCAUGCAGCUCAGUAUGAAAAGGCCAAACAAUGUGCUUCAAUCUUCAGUUCUAUGCAACUGCUAGGUCAGAAACAUACAGGAGGGUUCACACUCCUACACUCACAUAUUAAUACCAAAUACAACAGGGGUCUGUGUACAGAUGUACAGUUUAUAUAUAUAUAUAUAUAUUUGCUAUGAUUUAUCCAUUCACUACCUUGUGUAUGUGCAGCAUAUCGACAGCGUUGUUUUUGUGAUUUUGAUGUACAGUUUUCUUUCUCUACAUGCAUCAUUGGUUAUAAUGUUCAU